AUGCGGUUUGAGGAUAUUGAGGCGCCGCUGCUGUCAUACUGGGGAGUCGAGGCUGCAGGUGACGAAUUGCAAAAAACGACCAGCUACAGCUUCACUCUGAGCAGCGAUACCACAUUGGCGCUCUUCGGCAAAUGCAACGACGCAUACAGAACACGACCCAUGGAGUUGAUGAUUGCGUGUCUGCUUCAUGCAUUCGAUCAAACUUUCACGGAUCGACCACUGCCCACGAUUUGGAACGAGGGUCAUGGCCGCGAAGUCUGGGAUGACAGCUUGGAUCUCUCCAGGACCUGCGGGUGGUUCACGACACUGGUCCCGGUGCAAAUAUCUGGGAUCAAACAACAGACACUACAAGAGUUCAUUCGCCGCGUGAAAGACUACAUCCGUAGUAUCCCGCAGAAUGGGUGGUCCUACUUCGUCUCCCGCUUUGUCAAUAAGGACUCGUGCGACAAGUUCAUCUCAAACCUGCCCGUUGAGAUCAUGUUCAACUACAGCGGCGGUUAUGGGCAGCUUGAACGCGGGGAUUCGCUCUUCGAAAAUAUUACUGCCCCGGCCUCGCGAGAUCUACAGACGGAAAUGGCGUCAACAUUUAGACGACACGCAGUCUUCGAUGUUCUUGCUGGUGUCCAGCGCGGCCAACUGGCGAUUAAUUUCGUCUUCCCCCAGACCAUAGCGUCUCGGAUGAACAUCGAGAGAUGGAUUGCUCAGUAUCAGUCCACUUUGGAGUCAUUGGCCUCCGAAAGCGUCAUCAGUGAGAGGAGUUCCGGUGAAAAGAAUAUCAGUCGCCUGACCUUGUCUGACUUUCCCGGCCUGUUCGGCUCUUACGAGGCCAUCGACGAAUUCCAUACCAAUGUUCUACCAGCACUUGGCAUUGACUGCAUCGACGAUAUCGAGCAUAUCUACCCUGCCGCCCCAACACAAGAAGGCAUUCUGAUCAGUCAGGCCAAGGAUCCCAAAAGCUAUCAUUCCCGCCUGCACAUCGUGGUCUCCUCUAACGAGAGAGGUCCACCGAUUGACGUCAAAAGACUGCAAGAUGCGUGGCGAAGUGUCUCUCGACGACAUGAUCUUCUCCGCGCCGUCUUCAUCCGUGAGUUCCCUGGAAACAGCCGCAUCAUGCAAGCUAUCCUCGCCAACCCCAAAUUGAGCAUACACGUCCACAAAAAUGCUACGGAUUUAGAUGUAACGCGUCUCAUGCACACGCAACUGUCCCCGCACUAUCAGCAAUCGGGACUGCAACAUCACCUUGACAUGCUUCUCGUCGACGAAAGGAAGGCCAACCUCAUUCUAGAGAUCAAUCAUGCCAUCAUCGACGGCUACUCCACCAAUAUCAUAGCGAGAGACUUGAAGUCUGCCUAUGAGCACGCUGAUGUAUCGCUAACACCAAGUGUGUCGUCCUAUGGGGAUUUCGUCAUGUCCCUCGACGGCCAGUCACGGGAAGAAGGCCUCGAGUUUUGGGCAGCAAGUCUCGCAGGAACCAAGGCGUGUCACUUCCCAGGCUUUCCAACGCAUUUUGCAACGAUCGGAAACGCUGCUUUGAAUGAUGAGCAAAAGCAGAGAGACCAAGACGAAUCCACUACCGUCAAAGUCCCUCUUCUGGAUACCAAUCUCAUCAGGCAGUUCUGCCAAGCAUUAGAGAUCACCCCGGCCACCGUCGUGCAGCUCGCUUGGGCAGUAGUCCUGCGAUGGUACACCAACUCACUGGACACGUGCUUUGGCAUAUUGUGCUCUGGGCGAGAUCUUCCGAUCGAUGGCGUUGACGAGAUCUUCGGGCCGCUCAUUUGCAUGUUAAUCUGCCGCGUUCAAUUCAGCGUCGAUGGCAUGACAGUGGCUGAGGCGCUGGAGCAAGUGCACGCUAGCUAUGUUGAAGGCCUACGAUAUCAGACAUUUUCGUUGGCAGCAGUACACAAUGCGUUGGGGCUAGGAAGCGAUGCGCUUUUCAAUAGCGUCGUAUCAUUCCAGAAAGCUGGAGGUGAUGCUGAGGAGGAAAUAAGUCGUGGACAGGAGGGUGGUAGUGUUCAGGUAUCAUUAGUCGGCGGUUAUGAUCCUACCGAGUAUGGCGUCUCCGUUCGCGCAAUCGACACCCCCGAUGAGCUUUUUGUCUUCGUCGACUGUCAAUCCGCAAUGAGCGCUGGCGAAACAGAUCGGAUCGGACAAUGCUUCAGCACAGCAAUCGCGUCUAUUGUAGCCAACAGCCAGUCUCCGAUCAAGGAACUUGAUGUAUUGAGCGUGAAGGCGCGGGAUCAAAUCUGGCAGUGGAAUCACGUUGUUCCGAGAGCAUCCGACAAAUGUGUCCAUGACCUAAUCGAGGAGAUGGCACUUACUUGCUCCAAUAAGGUGGGCAUCAGCAGCUGGGAUGGUGAUCUAACAUACAAGGACAUCACUGAACACGCGGGUCGACUCGCGAAUAGCCUUGUUGGCAGAGGCCUUGCUCAAGAAACAAUCGUCCCUUUGUGCUUCGAAAAGUCGAAAUGGACAGUUGUGGCAAUGCUCGGCGUACUCAGAGCAGGAGGCGCUUUUGUCCUCUUGGACCCAUCUCAGCCUGAAGAUCGUCUUUCCAAGAUUAUACAACAAACGAAGGCUACGACAGGAUUGUCUUCCCUGGCAAAUAGCAAGCUCAUGUCGAGGAUGCUGACACAUGUCGUGGUUGUCGCCGAGGACUCAUUCUAUUCGAUAACAUCCUCGCUCCCCGGUGACCACAAAAGGGGCAAUUCGGCAUCGUUGAUCUUUGACGUCUCGAUAAACACUCUGAUGAUGGUCCUCGCUUCUGGUGGUUGCGUCUGUGUGCCAUCCGAAGUGGACCGCAAGAACAGUCUCACUGAGGCAAUCGUCAGCUUCGGUGUCAACACCAUCGAUGUAACUCCUUCGGUCUGCCGCCUGCUGAACCCAAAUGAUAUGCCACUGGUCCACACCAUGAUCCUCGGCGGAGAGCAGCUAAGAGCAACAGACAUCGCGCAUUGGCCUGGUCAUGUCAAGAUCCUCAACUGCUACGGUCCUUCAGAAUGCACCCCAACGAGCACGAUCAAUGAUAUCCAGGGUACUUCUUUUAUCACUGGAAUAGGCAAGGCCGCGGGUGCUGUCGUUUGGAUCGUCGACCCGAUUGAUCACAACGUUUUGGCCCCGCCUGGUACAGUAGGCGAAUUACUUAUUGAAGGCCCAAUUGUUGGGCAAGGCUACCUCGGCGACCCAGAGCGCACUUCUGCUUCUUUCAUCCAUGAUCCGGACUUCUUGCUAAGAGGUUCAGCGUCGUAUCUCGGUCGUGAAGGAUAUCUUUACAAGACGGGCGACUUGGUGCGAUACCAGAGUGACGGCAACUUAACGUACAUAGGCCGCAAGGACACGCAAGUCAAGCUCCGCGGACAACGCGUCGAGCUGGAGGAUGUCGAGCACCAUGCCUUGGCUUCAGUUCCAGGAGCUAAAGAAGUUGUCGUGGAGGUCAUCACUCCAUCGGGUGAGGGUGGAGGUCAGCAGCUUCUCGCCGCAUUUGUGCUUCUUAUUCACCAAGACCACACCAAAAAUGACGGGUUCCGAACCCAAGGAGGCGCUGGAGUGAGCGCUUUGUCUGGUACUUUGGUCAUUGAAGACUCACUCAGCCAGCGGCUGCCGAACUACAUGGUUCCGACGGUAUGGUUCGCUAUCGACGCAAUGCCGUUGACGUUAGCAGGCAAAACCGAUCGUCGCAAGCUGCGCGAGAUCGGAUCGUCCUAUUCUAUGGUGCAGCUGAACGCACAACGCAGCGGUAACACGGGCGACAAGCGCAUUCCAACGACAGAUGUUGAGAGGACACUACAGUCUCUAUGGAGCCACACCUUAGGUGUCCAACUCGGACAUAUCGGGCUCGACGACAACUUCUUCCGUCUUGGCGGCGACUCUCUCCGGGCAAUGAGCUUAGUGUCUACCGCGAGAAAGAGUGGCCUGGGGCUGUCUGUCGCCCAGAUAUUCGAACAUCCGAGGCUAGGUGACAUCGCGAAUGAGCUUCUGUCAAAUAAACACACGCACAAAUUGUCUGGGAACGAGGGCGAACCGGAACCGUUCGCCCUGCUCUCGUGGCCCCAGGACCAUUUUGAUGGAUUCACCGACCAGGGCUCGAUGGCGCUCUCGACGAAAUUUUCAGGCGAAUAUAUCAUUCAGAAUGUCAUGCAGAUUGCUGCUGAGACAGACUGUCACCGAUUGCAGCAAUCCUGGGUGGAGGCCGUGCGUCUCACUCUCAUGCUGCGUACGAGGAUCGUACAGCAUCACGCCAGUGAUCUUAUGCUGCAGGUAGUUCUUCAAAGCACAGCUGUGGAGCUGGCUGGCGGGAUUCAAUGGCAAAGUGGAGAUGACCUUGAAACUUACCUUGAAUGCGACAAGACGCAGCCUAUGCACCUCGGUGAGCCUUUGGUUCGUUAUGCCAUCAUUCGGGACGAUGGACAGUCCUACCUUGUGUGGACAAUUCACCAUGCAGUCUAUGAUGGACAGUCACUGCCCGCGAUCCAGACACUGGUUCGCAAUAUCUAUCACGCCCGGACGGAAGACAAUCCCCUUCAUCUCCCGUUCAACACAUUUGUUCGCCACCUCUUGAUGCUAGACGAAAGCGCCAGCAAGACCUUCUGGGGAGAUUACUUUGCGGAGUACCAGUCGACUGCCUUCCCACCACUUCCAUCCUCAUUCCUUGAGAAUACCAUCAAAGCAGAUGUCACAAUCGGUCUUGCGAUAGACCUGCCCUCCUUGGCAGACUCUAGCGUUACAAUGGCGACAAUCAUCAGGGCUGCUUGGGCUCAGGCUAUACAUCACAACACCGGGUCGUCGGACAUUGUCUUUGGCGCCACGCUCUCCGGACGUAAUGCUCCCAUCGCGGGUAUCGAAGACAUUAUCGGCCCUACAAUCGCCACUGUGCCUGUACGCAUCAAGGUACCGCAACGACCUGUGCAAUCCACAGUGCUACAGUUCCUGCUCGAUGUGCAAGCGAAAUCCACCGCCAUGAUACCCCACGAGCAAUUCGGCUUACACAAGAUUUCCAAGAUCAGUGAGAAUGCUCAGCAGGGAUGCGAGUUCAAGACAUUACUCAUCAUCCAGCCCCAUGAGGAAGAUGACAGUGCGGAUCUUUCACAAGUGGAAUUAGGCACCUGGCUCGAGAAUGCAGCCGACACCACCAACUUUAGCACAUACCCUUUAACCGUCGUCUGCAGGCUCUCAUCCACUGGGAGUAUGCACAUAGGGUGCUCUGUUGAUUCACGCGUGUUGACUCAAUGGCGAGCUGAAAAGAUUCUGGAACAUUUUGGUUUACUCGUUCAGCAGCUUUCAAGCAUGGACCUUGACCAAUCAAUCGAGGAGUUACACGGAUUGAUGCUGUCAGACAGAGAACUCAUUUGGACGUGGAACGAACAUGUCCCCGAGCCUGUAGACACGUGUCUGCACGACCUCAUUCACCAGAGAGCUAUGACGCAGCCGAAUGCUCCUGCACUCUGUUGCUGGGACGGAGAGAUGAGCUACUGUGAGCUGGACGCAGCCUCAUCUAGCUUGGCAUCGUAUCUUGUCGACAACCUAGGCAUCGCCGCUGGCUCCAUGGUCCCAUUGUGUUUCGAGAAGUCAAGAUGGGCGGUUGUUUCCAUGGUGGCAGUCCUCAAAGCGGGUGCUGCGUUCGUGCCGCUUGAUCCUGCGCAGCCGACUGAUCGCAGAGACAUGGUGCUCAGGCAGGUCAACGGGUCCGUCAUGCUAGCCUCAGAACAUCUGGCCGGCGAAAUAGACGCCAGCAGUUCUUUCAAGGCCAUUGCCGUGGGACCUCAGCUUUUGGCAUGUCUAGAACAUACUGUCAAAAGCAAAUUGGUGUCGAGGCCGGGCAGCCCUGAUGGUAUCGCAUACAUAAUUUUCACUUCUGGAAGCACCGGUCUGCCAAAGGGUGUCAUUAUCGACAAUCGCGCAAUUUCGACAAGCUGUUCUUACCAUGGACGUGCCAUCGGGCUGACAAAAGGCUCGAGAGUGUUGCAAUUCGCAUCUCACGCAUUCGACGCAUCAAUUCAAGAGGUCAUCACCACGCUGAUUUAUGGCGGCACUGUUUGCAUUCCGUCCGAGUACGACUUGCGCAACAACCUCACACACAGCAUUUUUGAAAUGCAGGUUAACACAGCGUAUCUCACGCCCUCGGUCGCCAGGCUGAUUGAUGCCAGCAGCGUGCCUAAUCUGAAGACGCUCAUGCUGGCAGGAGAGUCAUCGACGUCUCGGGACUUCUUGAACUGGUUGAGCCCGGGGCAGACACUGCUGCAUGGAUAUGGCCCGACAGAAUGCGCUGUUCUUUGUUGCGUUGCACAAGUCGGGUUCGGUGCGACUGAAGAGGUAAAUCCUGCCUGCAUCGGAACAGCUACUGGUGGGACAAGCUGGAUUGUCGACGCUGCCGAUCACAAUAAAUUGCUUCCUGUAGGCGCCGUUGGUGAACUUCUCAUCGAAGGACAUAUCCUUGCGCGGUCCUAUCUCCACGAUCAAGCAGUCACAGACAGGGUCUUCAUUGAGACGCCGUCCUGGCUCAGCCGAGGGGUCAGCAGAGAUGGCCGUAUCUCUGGUCGGCGAGGCAGACUGUAUAAGACAGGUGAUCUUGUUUCGUACAACGCCGACGGCAGCCUCAACUACAUUGGACGCAAAGACUCACAGAUCAAGAUUCGCGGCCAACGGGUCGAACUCACGGACGUGGAAGCAUCAGUAAAACAGUCAUUCCAACCAGCUCUACAAGUUGUGGCCGAGAUCAUACAACCCGCUGGUGAGGGAGCGAAUCCAGCCUUGGCAGUAUUCAUGGUGCUUGGAAGUGAUGGUCUGGGUUCGUUGCUGAACAAGACGCAAAAUGGUGUACAGAUUGGGGUUCUUUCUGUCCCGAUGACGGUUGAGAAUCAACUCGCCGAACUGGUGCCCAGCUACAUGGUGCCAUCUGUGUGGUUCAUUGUCGAUCAGCUGCCUCUGAAUACCUCCGGCAAGACGAAUCGCAAAAAGUUGCGUGAUAUUGGCUCAUCCUUUUCGGCGUCAGACCUCGCUGCCCUGAGAAGAAUUGAGGGCACGCAGAAACGAAAUCCUUCGACAGAAGUUGAAAAAUCACUAUGUGUUACUAUUGGAAGGGUUCUCAACGUCAGCGAAGUCGCCAUUGGCCUUGAUGACAAUUUCUUUCACCUUGGCGGCGAUUCCAUCACGGCCAUGCAGCUGUCUGCUGCAGCGCGGCAGAAAGGACUAAACAUCUCGGUUGAGAAAAUUACUCGUUUCAAGACAGUCAGCAGGAUUCUUGAAGCAUGCAACGCAGACAUUCAGGAUAUCUCGCAAAAAACGGGUUACGGACGAGACCCGAUGGACGACGAGGACGACAAUCUGGACCAGGCUGUCGCUCUUUCGCCGAUUCAGCAAAUGUUCUUCCUCCAUCAGCCAAACACUAACGUUUGCUUCGAUCAGUUCUUCUACCUUCAACCCCGAGCACUCAUCUCACAUUCUGUGCUUGAGCUUGCUCUCAACAAAAUUGUCACUACCCAUCCGCUCCUGCGUGCCCGGUUCAGGAAGACCGACACUGGUGUCUGGGAACAAUUCAUCGAAUCAUCUCCGGCAAAAACAUUACGAUGUCUUUCUCGGACAUGUUCCAACUACGAGCAAGUCGCAUUAUCUAUUCAGCAUCAACGUGCCGACCUGAACAUUACCAGCGGUCCAUUGGUGGCCGCUGUCUUGUAUGACGUAGAUGAAGUGACGCUGGCGCCGCCGACAACUUCGUUCCGAAGCUGGUCGUCUUUACAAGCCCAGCAUGCCGUUGAACUUGUGGCAGCCCGGGAACAAACAAAGGCCAAUCCGCCACCACGAAUCUCAUACUGGACCGGCGAUGGGUUGACAACCCACGUAAGCCGAGACGCUGAUUCGAUGACUCUGGCGUUCUCACUCGAUGAAUCCACCACGACAGCCAUUCUAGGAGCUUGCAACGAAUUCCUCGGUACGAAACCCGUUGAGCUGAUGAUAUCGGCGCUACUUUUCUCCUUCGGUCAGACAUUCAGGGACAGGCCGCUGCCGACGAUUUUCAACGAAGGACAUGGACGAGGCACAUGGGACGAAACGUUGGACAUGGAUCUCUCAAGAACAGUUGGGUGGUUCACCACACUGUAUCCAAUCCAUCUGCACAACAGCGUCACCAAUAGCACAGGGAAGGACAGCGCACAACAGCAUACCCUGCUCGACUUUGUCGCUAACACACACGAAGCGAUGGCAGCCUCUUCCUCCCCUCAAAGUGGCGCGUCGUUCUUCACCUCGCAAUUCGCCACGCCAGAAUCGGCACGGUCCUUCGUAAAGGGCCAACUUCCCGCUGAAAUUGUCUUCAACUACGGUGGCGUCUACCAGCAGCUCGAACGCGACGAUUCUUUCUUUCAAAUCGUCUCGCUGGACGCCAUGGCUAGCAAGCACUGUGGCGUUGGUGGCGGCAGGGAUGAUUGCGGGAAGAGGUCGGGCAUGCUGAAUAUCAGCCCUCUCUCAGCGGCCGAGGCGCAUAGGUAUGCACUGUUUGAGGUCAUCGCGGGUGUUACAAAGGGAAGGCUUGGGAUUUCCGUCAUUUACAGUAGGCACUUGCUGCAUGGGGUCAAGAUUAAGGCGUGGUUUGCCGAGUUUGAGGCAGUGAUGCGAAGGAUUGUCAGGGAGUUGGGCAACGCAGGGUCUGUCUAG